AUGCCUCUCUCGUCUGCCCCAGGAGUCCAGAACUUCGUCCAGAAUCGAGAACCUGCCACGACUCAUGCCAACCUGGUGACCAGAUCUAUUACACCGCAGCCACAACAGCAACACAGAGAAAGAUCUCGGCAAAACGAUACCCAAGGCGGACACCAUGCUAGAAGCAACAGUCACAAUGGAGCAAGUAGCAAGAAAGAGCUUUUCAGGCACGACCCCGAGAGUCUGAAACUCCAGGUCCCUAAUACCCUCCGCAAGACCGUAUCAGCAAUUCCUCAGACACACGCGAUCAACACAGGUCGAGGAUCGGGUUCUAAUGCAGCGCCUAAGACCAGGGCCCCAAGACAAGUAGGUGAACCUGAAGUCUCUGCUUUCGAUGACACCCAAAGCAUCCACUUCGACGAUUCAACCAGUAUUCUGGAUGAUGCCAAUUUGACCGUACAAUUUGGCCAUGAUGACCACCAUCAGUUUCCACUAGAUCCCCCAAAGACAGCAACCCGGGAAGUCUACAGGAGAGCUCACCAAGAAGACUCGACGAGACCUCAUGCCGGAGGGCAUAAUAUAUUUCUUCCCGCUAACUGGAAGGCACAGGUAGAAAAGGAAAAGCGUUUACAAGAACGUCACUUUGGCGCUAGCCUUGAUACAUAUCACGACCAUUCUCAGUAUGACGAUCGGAUUUAUGGUGACACUGAGGGCGAAGGAUACGAUGAAGAUGGUGUAUACGCGGGCAAGAAGCCUCACACGUGGGAAGAUACACCUUCUCGACCUCGUCCUGGAACCGAAGCCAGGUUGUCGCCACGGCCUAAGUUAGACACCACCAAGCAGCAAGUACGACCAUCAGUGGCAGACGAACCCGACAGCCCGCCAUUACCCUCUCGUAAGGGAGAUUUGCCUCAACAGCUUACGACCGAACCUGCUCAGCCUCAAGUCGUAAACCGGUUCAAAAUCCGUCAGUCCCUCGACUCCCCAGCGCAAGCUGACCAACCCAAAGCCAGCAACACGACCGCCAUGACCGCGACCACCAUCGUAGAACCCCAAUCACGACACAAUCCUCCAUUCUCGUCCAAAGUGUCCUCGUACCACGAUUCCUCAUCCGAAGAAGACCAACCUGCCGGGGGCGAACCAUCCACGAAACCCCCAAGCAUCAACUCCAGCACCAUCAACCUACCAUCCGGGACCAAACGGCCCCACUCAUUCCUCGAGCUCGACUACGACCUCGAAGCCCUCAAGACCAAAACCUUCGCCGACCUCGACAGCAUCCCCUUCAACCAGGAUCCUGCCCUGCCAUCGCCACAAGCCGUACUGGACUCAAACGGCAACCCGAUGAGCCUGGCUGCGAAGCUGACGAACCUAAGUAAGAUGCGACCCGAGGACCAAACACAGCUCUUCCGCACACAUACCGACACCGAGCGCGAAGAGACCGCGACCUGGUUUCUCGAUAAGUUCCGCGAUGACAUGCGGAUGCUGAUGCGCGCGCGCGUUGAGAGACGCAAGGUCGCGCUGCGGUUCGAGAUGCUGGUGAAGAUGCGUGACAGGAAGCUCGCGUUGAAGAAGGCUGACGUCCAGGCGGAAUUGGACGCGUUGAAGAAGGGUGGUGGGGAGUUGAUUGCUGGUAGGGUCAGGAGUUGUUGA